CUAAAACCUUCAGGGAAAUCACUUCUGACGAAAACAAGGUGAUUUUCCCUUUGCUGGAUCUCGGAGUCUAAUUUCAAGAACAUCCAUAAGUCAGAUGGCUUCGUCCGACCAGACGUGUAACAUCGGAGUGAAUUCAGUAGCGUUGAUGAUGUUUUCUAUAGCAGUGGUAUCAAUCUCUCAUUCCUUAGAGGUCGCAGAGGGCAAUUCAGAACACAACUCGAAGAAAUCCAUGCCGAUACCUGAAUUCAGGCCGAUUGGCUGCUUUGUGGAUAGCGGUUUAAAACCUCGACCAAUUCCCAAGCUGAUUGCUAACUUCCGUGGUAAGAUCGAUUGGCAUAAUCUAAAUAAAACCGUGGCAGAAUGUGCUCGAAGAGUCAACUUAAAAGGCUUCCAUUACUUUGGUGUUCAGUUCUAUGGCGAAUGUUGGAGUGGAGAUAAUGUUGAACUUACUUAUAACAAGCAAGGAACCUCUAAAAACUGCUUUCAAGGAGUUGGAAGGCGAAGGGCAAAUUUUGUCUAUGGUUUUGUGGAGAAAGAAAUGAGCGCGCGUCUUGUAAAUGGUCCAAGUUCGAAAAGUGGCCGUGUGGAAGUUUUCUAUCGAGGAAGCUGGGGUACAGUAUGCAGUAAAGAAUGGGACAUGCGCGAUGCAGAAGUGGUGUGCCGUAUGGUGGGUUACUCAGGUGCUCUCCGAGCUUAUCGGGACGGCAGAUACGGAUCAGGGAAAAGUCGUGUGCGACUUGGAGAUGUACAGUGUAAAGGAAAUGAGGAGAAUCUUGCUUUCUGUUCACACAAAGAUUACAGUAACUGCACACAGUCAGAAAUUGCAGCAGUGAAAUGCAAAUCAGCGUCAGCGUCAGCUCAGAUCCAACCAAGAAUAAGUUAUCGUCUCGUGGGAGGAAACAGCCGCAGUGAAGGACGGGUAGAGGUGUAUUAUGCUCGGCAAUGGGGGACAAUCUGCGACAAAGGCUGGGAUCUCACUGAUGCGGGAAUUUUGUGUCGGAUGUUGGCUUACACAGGUGCCAGGGCUACUCCAAAGUACGGCCAAGGUUCAGGUCGCAUAUGGCUCAGCGAUGUCAAGUGUAACGGCACUGAAGAUUCAAUAUUCAGAUGCAAAAACGCUGGAUGGGGAAAUGUUGAUAAUUGUGACCACUCAAAUGACGCAGGAGCAGAGUGCUAUCAUGAUUAAACGAGCACUCUUCCUGUUGUGAUUCCUCGUCAUCUUCACCAGUUUUGCACAGACAAAUCAAACAUUAACCAUUCCCUCCCCUCCCCUCCCCCCUUUUUUUUCAAUUGUUUGGUAUUGGACGAAUCUUAAGCAUUGCUGCGUGUUGUCUUGCUCAAACAUUUGAAAUGACUAAAUUUAAUCGCUGUAGUUCGGUCUUUCACCAUCAGUCGUAAAAUCACUCUGGAAAUAGAUGUUUAUACCUACAUUAAUCUGUUGUGUAACCUAUCGUGAGAGCAGCAUUACUUUCAAGAAAAAGCUAUAAGAAUUGUAUGGCCAUUUAGCACUCCAAAUGAGCGCGACCCUGAUUAAUUACAAAUGUUGUGUUUUCUAGAUUUGACAGCUAGAAAUAACCGAGAGUGAACUUUUUCUAAGUGACCCGAUUACGCCAAGGUGGUCUCAAUAAUUGAGGAAAAGAUUCCUUUUUUCCACAUUCCCUAUUUCCUUUCUAAUGUUGAAAAUACUUUAUCUUUUUUUUUUCGAAGUCAGAAUUCCGUUUAGCAAUGAUAAGUUAGUGGCACGAAGAAUCAAAUCAAACUGAUCACAAUCGAUUAGGAAAAAAAAUUGUUUACUCUGCGCAAAUAAAAACUCUGCAUCCGUUAGUUCCCUUCGAUAGCGCUUUCGUUGUAGCUUUUGUUGUAGCUUUUCAUUUCUCAAUCAAGCUUUUUAAGUGUAUUUUACCUUUUAAUUAUUGCAUUCAUUCGCUCAUUCCUUCUGUCAUUUCAAAUGUUACUGCUGACACGUCACGUACGUCAGUGCAGGCUACGCGAAGUGAACCGACUUACUCAAUCUUCUCAUUACAGUGUAGGAACUAACCUGUCACAUGAUAUUUACUUGAAGCGUGUUUCCAACACGGUACGCUAAGAUCUCAGUUAGAUCUUUUUGGCAGGAAUUCAUUCGAAUUCAGAUAAAUGUGAUCGUUCUUUUCAUGCAACUUAUCCAAUUUGAAGCUUCUUUAUCAUUGAUUAUACGUACGGAACACCUCAAAAAUCCUACGCACCAAUCCGAAUAAGCUUUUCAAAACAUUCGGAGAAAUAUAAGUUAUAAACGAUUUUACAAAUUCUGAGAAAAUAGGUCUAACCGGUGAACUAAUGUGUGAAUUUGAGAGUUAAUCGGCUACAGUAAUCCACAUGCAACUCUCAAAUCACUUGCGCUAAGAAGUUGUUUACCGAAAACUGAACGGACAUACAUCGCUUUAGUUGGCGAGGAGCGACGAAUAGCUCAAACCAGAGUCUUUUUGCCGCGUGAAAUUAAACCGCUUCGUGAAACUUCCGCAA